AUGGAAUCAGAGUACAGUCGAUUGGCAGAAACUAUCCGCAAACAAGCUAAUGCUCAUCCCAAAUCGCGCUACCUGGUUGCCAUCGCAGGCAUCCCUGGCUCAGGGAAGACUACUAUAGCUCAAGAAGUGGUCUAUCAGCUGAAUCAAGUAACCCCAAAGGCAGUAAUUCUCUCCAUGGAUGGCUUCCAUCUAUCUAGAGCAGCUUUGGACCAGCUUCCUGACCCCAAGGAGGCGCACAUUCGUCGAGGCGCCCCUUGGACAUUCGAUGUCAACCGCUUUGUGUCCUUCGUCCGUCAACUUCGCACCUGGGCAGAUGAUACCCCCAUGGCAUGUCCAGGCUCGGAAACCUGGUCUGAUAUAGAUAUUCUGUGCGCGCCAACAUUCGAUCACGAGGCGAAAGAUCCUGUGGAGGAUGGCAUUUCCGUCACCCCGGAUGCUUCCAUUAUCAUACUUGAGGGCAACUACCUACUUCUCAAUGAGCCCGGUUGGCAAGACAUUGCAGAGUUGGCCGACUAUCGUGUCUUCGUUGACACGGAUCCCCAAGAAGCACGGGGGCGGUUGGCUCAGCGCCACUUGCGGGCAGGCAUCGAGAAGACGCUGGAGGAAGGAUAUUGCCGUGUGGAUAGUAAUGAUUUCUUGAAUGCUAUCUUGAUUCGUGAAAAGCUGUUGACGCCAGACAUGGUUUUGACAAGUGUGGCAGUCGAUAUAGACACAUAA